UCGCGCAGACUCUUUGGCGGGCGUUUACCUGUCGCCAGCUGAAUGCUGGGAGUCGUAGUCCUCUGCCUCAGGAAAGCGACAAGGCGGAGGCAGGGAGGUUUGCUUCUCCCGGAGCUCCUCUUCCCUGCCGGGCGAGCGGCUCGGCGGCGGCAGCGGCGGCGGCAAAAUGGCACGUCAGGGCAGCCGAGGAGGCUCCGAGAGCAAGAAAAUGAGCUCGGAGCUCUUCACUUUGACGUAUGGGGCUUUGGUCACUCAGCUGUGUAAGGACUACGAGAAUGAUGAAGAUGUCAACAAGCAGCUUGACAAAAUGGGCUACAACAUAGGUGUUCGACUUGUGGAAGACUUUCUAGCACGAUCCAAUGUUGGGAGAUGUCAUGACUUUCGAGAAACGGCAGAUGUGAUUGCAAAGGUAGCAUUUAAAAUGUACUUGGGUAUCACACCAAGCAUCACAAACUGGAGUCCGGCAGGCGACGAAUUCUCCCUUAUCUUGGAAAACAAUCCACUGGUGGAUUUUGUGGAAUUACCAGACAACCAUUCCUCUCUUAUUUACUCUAACCUCUUAUGCGGGGUGCUCCGGGGAGCCCUGGAAAUGGUACAGAUGGCUGUGGAUGUCAGAUUUCUCCUGGACACCUUGAAAGGGGAUGGAGUCACAGAAAUAAGGAUGAAGUUUAUCAGGCGGAUUGAAGACAACCUCCCAGUUGGAGAGGAGUGAGUCUUGAGCAGCCUUCAUAUUGGACUGGAAGGGAUGAAGUCACUGAAUCGGAGCUUCAUUCGCAUACAGUACCCUGUGUACUUUGAGACACUGACUGGUUAAGACGUCAAUUCAUUUGAAAUAGUCUGUUUUAUUUCCACAGAUUUCUAUUAAAAGCUUUUGUAGGAUGUAGAACUCUUUUCAUAUUCAUCAGAAACACAAGGCACCCUUUUCCUUGUUACCACGCUUAGCUCCAUGCAAAAAUACAGGAUAUUAAAACUGUAAUUUUGAACCUUGGAAUAAUUCCAGAUGCCACUUUCGUUCUGCAGUAUGUGAAGAAUUCUGCCAUUAUUGUCCUCUGUGUAUGCUGGUCAGUUUUCCUUCACGGGGAAGCCAUUCCUGAUAGCACAGAAUGUAUUCUAUGAUUUGAAAGAAUUGAGAGCUCCUAAUGGAUUUGGACUUGUCCUUUUAGUUUUGCCAUUCAACAAAACAAUUAAAAUGUAUGUUGAAUCAAAAGCUGGAUCCAUUUUGACAGUCCUGAAGGAAGUGGGUCAUUGAAACUCAACAGAAUCCCAGUUAGUUGGUUGUUUCCAGUUUCGUCUGUCUUCCUAGUUGGUUGGGCAAAAUAGUUUUAAUGAACCAAUGAUGUAGGGCUCAAGUUUCAAAUGUUUAUAUAGUGUCAGAAAAAUGAUAUUCUCUCUCAGGGCCUCUUCUUUAGCACAUCUUUGAUUUUGGUAACUAAUUGAAGAGUUGUUCACACCAGCUUUGUUUUCAAAAAUAUUACCAUUGGGCAUCUGUGCUGAGAAGAUAGAGAUGGUAGUAGCAUGUUUCACGUGCAUUCAAGUUUUUCUUAAGAAAAAGGGCUCUCAAGAUUGCAGAGAGAAGGGUAUAAACAGCCUUGCGUGGUAGAUUGAUCAGUGUAUCAAAUGCUGGAUGAUUGAAGGGAAUUUGAAGAGUAUCUUGGCAGAGCUUAAAAGUGAACAUUCAUUGAGUUCGUCAUAGUGUAUAUCUUAUGAGGUUCUAAGCUUUCUAUUGGACAGAACAGCCUUAGUUGCAUUUUAUGGACAAAUCUGUACUAAAUGGCGGAAAUCCCUUGAAUUGAGGAUCCCAUGGAGAAUGUAUGGUUUAAACAUAGAAAUGCCUGCAAUGCUUGAAAAGGCACAAGAGGCUUCUGGUGAUCUCUGUCUUCUUAAAGCAUAAUGGAAUCCAUUAUCCCAUGCUGAUGUUGGUGAAAAGAUUGCAGUACUUCAUUCGCUAGAGAAAUUAAUUGGUGGUUGGGAGGCUUUAUGAUUUACUUGUGUGGGCAUCAACUGAAUGGUAUUUUAAAAGUUGGCAAAGGGAGCCGUACUUAUUUGAUGACUUGGUCUUGUAAAUAAUGCUCUGGGUAAUAUGUGCAGCGGGAGAAUGAAAUGGCUUACCUAAUUGCAAGAAAAUGAAAACCAAACAGUUGCUUUCUCAAGACAGUGGGGCCAUUUUUAAGGGUAUAUUGGUCACAUUUUCCGGCGCUCUUCUAUGAUUUUUCUCAGUUGCUUUGCAGAAACAUAGACACAAUAUGCUUUUUUGCAUCAUAAUGGAUAAAAAUUUGAGCAUACUUGCUUUGGAAUAAUUAAUUCUGACUGUUGGAGGAGUCUAGCCCUGAGAAAAUCAUUUUUGUUUCUUUUGUAAUUUUUCAUAGUUUUGAAAAAUUACGUUGAUCUACAGCUGAUUGGUGAAUAUUGAUUAGUUAGAUGCGAUUUACACCUUUUUAUUUGUAUAUGGGGUAUGUCAUAUGUUCCAUUUUUGAAGGUAUUGUUUUGAAUCUCUUAUAUUAAAUACACUCUUAAAUUAAGGUGUAUGGCAGUAGAUUCAUAGUUAAUUUUAUUAAAUUUUAUCCUAUUUUCA